AUGGCAGACAAUGGCAUUGUGACUCUUCAUGCAAGUAGACAGACGAUAACGAGGGACGGUAGAGCAAUCGAUUUUGAAUACCCUAGAAUUCAGCUAUCUACAAACGAUGAGCCCAAGGAGAAGCCCAACAAAGACAGCAAACACAUCCUCAUCUUGGGCGGUGGUGUCAGCGCAUUGACCGUCGCUUGGAUACUUCUUGAUUCCGGAUACCGAGUCACACUCGUGGCGGAACAGUGGGCGUGGACAAAGGAUUUUGUGAAGUCUUGCAUCACCUCGCAAAUCGCCGGGGCGCUGUGGGAGUACCCUCCAGGUGGCUGUGGGUUGACCGAGAUUGUCUCUGCGGGUAAAGGAUGGUCCACACUCGAACACUACCAAGAAUGGGCGCUGCAGAGCUACGAGUUCUACAAAAAUCUCGCAGAGAUACAAAAUUCCCAUGAAAGAAGAGGGCGGUCGUUCGGACUGAAUAUCACCCAGCUCCACCAGUUCUUUUUUGAGCCAAUUGAGCUCAAAAGGGACACUGGCCGUGACCCUAACGCGAACGAUAGCCGUGCCAUCAAACUGCAGGGCAUUGAAGAAGCAGUUGAUAACCACAGAAUGCAUGGCUACAAGAGGUACAGAACUAAGGAAGACCUCGAAAGGGAGUUUAAGGAUUCCAGUUUCAGCCGUGAUUACCGUGGAGGCUUCAAAUAA